AUGAGGAGCAGACGCUGUGAUUCUCUGACGUGCUGCUGUUCGUCUUGAAGGAAUCACAGAAUCACAGAAUCACGGAGCAGCUUCGCUUCUUGUUUCUCUUCUGAUCGUCUCUUCACAGACAAACACUUCUUCUCUCCUCCAUCACUGAGCCACAGGAUCUUUUUUUACAUCCACAACUUUCACUCUGUGCUGAGCGGAGCCUCGAACAGAUUGCUGGUCACCAUGAGCGCCUGCAGCAGGAAGGCCCUGACUUUGCUGAGCAGCGUCUUUGCAAUCAGCGGCCUGGGGCUGCUGGGAGUGGCCGUCAGCACCGACUACUGGUUGUACCUGGAGGAGGGCGUCAUUUUGCCUCUGAACCAGAGCACUGACAUCAAGACGGCGCUGCACUCGGGCCUCUGGAGGGUCUGCUCCCUCGCUGGUGACGACUCUGGUCGGUGUUUUACCAUCGAGUACAUCAUGCCCAUGAACGUCCAGGUGACGUCCGAGUCCACGGUGAACAUGCUCAAGAUGAUCCGCUCAGCCACUCCCUUCCCUCUGGUCAGCCUGUUCUUCAUGUUCAUCGGUUUUGUCCUCAGCAACAUCGGGCACGUGCGACCACACCGCACCAUCCUGGCCUUCGUCUCUGGAAUCUUCUUCAUCCUCUCAGGUCUGGCUCUGGUGUUGGGCCUGGUGCUGUAUAUUUCCAGUAUCAAUGAUGAAAUGUUGAACAGGACUAAAAGCAGUGAAGCCUAUUUUACCUACAAGUACGGCUGGUCCUUUGCCUUCGCUGCCAUCUCCUUCCUGCUCACUGAGAGUGCGGGUGUCAUGUCCGUCUACCUGUUCAUGAAGCGCUACACAGCAGAGGAGAUCUACCAGCCUCACCACCCCAGCUUCUACCGCCCUCGUCUCAGCAACUUCUCCGGCCACUCGGGCCAGUUCCUCCACCCACAGGCCUGGUCCCGUGGACGAAGUCCCUCAGACAUCUCCAGCGACGCUUCGCUCCAGAUGAGCAUCGGCUACCCUGUCCUCCUCAAAUGCCCCGACUACGACCAGGUGUCCUCUUCCCCCUGUUGAGGGGUCUUCCAUCACACCAGAGGACACCUGAAGGUUACUGGAGGGUCGUGGAAGAUCCAAUAGGGUCAAAAGUUCAGGUGAGGACAGAGCUUUCUUCCAAGAAAAAGCUGCAAUUGAGGAUUGUUGUUUUUUUUUUUCUGUGAGAAAAUAUAAAAAAUAUUCGAAGCCUUGUUUGCAGCAUUUUUUUUCAAAGGGUCAGUGAUGCUCUUUGUGAAUUUGUUGUUGAAACCGACCCUACAUCUUAGUUGUAAAGAUUCUUUCUGAGAAAAGUCUAAAAAACUUUGAAUCUGAACUGUUUUUUUUACAGUAGAUUAGUUCUUGUUUUAACUUCAUCUGAAAAGGAGAGACAUUUUAUUUUGGUCAUCUGUGCAUUUUCUCCACAUCACUGCAUUUCUAAAAACUACCUGACAGCAAAACCGUCCACAUUGGGCUCCUCCAGUCCUCCUGGCAAAAUGUCAACACACUGAACCCCAACAUUUCGACCCUCAACCCUGCUGAAGUGAACUUACUCUGUAGGUACUGACUCCCAAUUCAAAUUCAAAACAGAGAGUAGUGUAUAUGUAAGAGGACGGCGAACAGGAUAACAGCUGUGAAAACUGAUGUGUAAAUAAAUACUGAAUGAUUAAAGUGAUCGUGCUGCAUUUAGGAAAGUAAUACAGACAUAAAUGAUGUACAGUUAAGUUGAAUGAAGAAUAUAUGUAACCAGGUAGCAGCAGAUGAAUAAAUACUGUAGCGUGUCAAUAAAUAUAUAUACAGCAGAUGUGUAACAGAUGAAUAAAUAUAGCAGAGAUGUUAAACUGCCAGUGCAACAGACUCAGAUUAGCUGAUACAUCAGGACUGAGCCAGAUGAGAUCACACAGAUUUGUUUUAUAUAGAUUUUUAUAGAAGAUGUACAGGUGUUGGACAUGAUUUUUAAUUCAUAGUGAGAGUUGCUGUAAAGAUGCUGGUACAUAGAAGGUGUUAUUGAUGGUGAUUGGUUGAUUAUUUUGUGUAGCAUUGAAAACCUUUGGUACAGUGUCUGAAUUCAUUUGUUAAAACCUGCCAUCAAACUGCAGUCAUUUUACAACUGCUAUGCUUCAUUAUCCCACUGAGAGGCAGCAUUCUCUUUUCUUUUUAAGUGACAUUUAACCUUCACGUUUCAGUUCAAAGUUUGUUUCAGUUGCUUUUGCACAAACACGUGUAUUUAAAUAUCAUCAGUUGAUCC